UUCUCCAAAUGGAGUACAUUAAUUCCAACCAACAAACGGACAAGGAAUCCUCGUUCGAGGACGAUGGAGAGCGCGUGUGCGUGGCGGCGGAGCUUGCAACGUGCCGGCGAACGUAAUCAGUGUCAAGCAGUCGUUGCACCGAGUACACGUGGGGAACAUUGUUCAUUUGAAGAAAGCACGAAAGCCGGUCGGAUCGGUGCCGUUCCAAGAUCGCUCUGAAGAUUUUGCCAAGGGAACAAAUAUUUCCGAUUCAACAUGAGAUAUAAGUGCAUCGGCGUGAUCGGGGCAUCUUUGAUCACCUCCGUAUGCUUGCUUUCGGGGCUCAUGUAUUAUUUUAAUCAAGACACAUGUCCUUUGGGAAGUUCCCUUUGUCAUAACAGCACUUUAUGCUUACCCCAAAGGAAUUGGUGCAACCUAGUAAUGGACUGUCCUUAUGGCGACGAUGAAAAAAAUUGCUUCGAUGCCAAUGGAGGUUUGGAGUUUUUCGGCCUUAACAGAGAAAUCGUAAUGGAGCCUGUAAGGGAAUACGUUUGCGAGGUUACUGAUAUUCCUCUCAGAUGCGAGUAUGUGCAGUGCCGUGCUAGUUGUCAUGGAUAUUCUGAAAUACCGUCGAACUUGUCGUCUAAAACCACUGUAAUACAUAUAUACAACAGUUCCAUUGAACGUAUACCAACGAAUGUUUUUGAACAAUAUCGGGAAUUGCGCAUACUGUACCUCGAUGGCAUUAACAUUCAUGAAAUAGAAAUUGGAGCUUUCGCAAAUCUAACGCAACUAGUUUGGCUAAUUAUAGAUACGAACAAGAUCAGCGCUCUGCUGCCAGGUUACUUUACCGAUUUAAUUAAUUUGGAGUCUUUGAAGGCAAAUAAAAAUAGAAUCACCGUAGCAGACUUGACAGACUUCAACGGAAGCAGCACUUUAAGUUUCAUAAAUUUAAGCGAAAACCAAUUAACGUCUGACACUCUGAAGCUACCGUACUUACCAGCGCUAUCCGAGAUAUUGCUAGACGAGAAUAAAUUCGAAACAAUACCGAGCUCGCUUUUCGACGGAUGUCCAGCAUUAACAUUAUUAAGCAUGCAAAAAAGUGUCAUAAAGACGAUCAAGGAAGACACGUUCCGAAAUUUGGAGCAACUGGAAGAACUCAAUUUGGCGUUUAAUGAAAUCACGAGCGUCCCGACGAAUGUGUUCCGGCCGUUGAAAAAUUUAACGAGGCUAGAGUUGGGUUACAACCAUCUCCACAAUUUGCAGAUGGCAGUGUUAAGACCGUUAACGAAACUACGUUCUCUCGACUUAGAGGGUAUAAAUUUGGAUUCGUUGGAGAAAAACGCGUUCGAUGUGUUUCAGCAGCUGGGUGAUGUAUAUUUCAAGAAAUUUCACUAUUGUGCGACUUAUGCACCGAAGGCACAAAGAUGUCGACCUUCUAGCGACGGCGUCUCAUCGCUGUCUCAUUUGCUCGAUAAAACUUUACUGCGAGCAGCAGUGUGGGUGAUAUCGUGUGUAACUUGUAUGGGGAAUGUGCUCGUUCUUUGGGGAAGAUUCACUGCCAAGGACGAGAAUCAAGUACUGACUAUCAUCAUCAGAAAUCUAGCUGUCUCCGACACGCUGAUGGGAAUCUAUCUGUUCAUAAUUGCUGUGGCAGAUGUGAUAUUUCGCGACAAUUAUAAUCGGGUGGCCAGUUCCUGGAUGUCAUCCUGGUUCUGCACUUGUCUGGGAAUUCUGGCAAUGACAUCUUUGGAGGUUUCAGUAUUGAUCCUGUCAUUCAUGUCGCUGGAGCGAUAUAUGCUAAUCGUGGCACCACUGAAAGGUCACCGUACCAUGACACCGCAAGCAGCAUCCGCAACGAUGAUCGUCACAUGGAUCAUCGGAGUUACUCUGGCUCUCGUACCAGUGAUUCAUUGGCGAAGCAGCACAAAGUUUUAUGGAGUCAAUGGAAUGUGUUUCCCCUUGCACAUCGACGACCCUUACGCAAUUGGAUGGGAAUACUCAGCUUUCAUUUUCUUAGGAUUGAAUUUUACUGGAUUGAUCACGAUCGGUUAUGUGUAUGCAGGAAUGUUUAUAAGUAUUUGGAAAACGAGACACGCGUGUUCAUUGUCUGUCGGAGAUUCUGAAUUUGCUUUAAGGUUCUUCCUGAUUGUUUUAACAGACGCCGCUUGCUGGGCGCCGAUUAUCAUUCUCAAAAUUAGAGCUAUGAUGAGGUAUCCUGUUCCAGCGGAUCUUCAUGCUUGGGUAGUGGUUUUCAUUCUUCCAGUUAAUAGUGCUAUUAACCCUUUGCUAUAUACAUUUACUACUCCAAAAUUUCGAGAAAGAUUAAAUAACGGAUGGUUUGGAAAAGUACGAAAUUAUGUCUCGCGGAAAUGUUCUGCAGAAGAUUCUCAAAUGUGUGCAACAAUGAACAAGAAGAAUAUGAUAAUAUCUUUCUCGAGUGGUACGCAUGACGACUAAGAAAUUCCUCCCACGUUUCCACAUAACAAGAGAAAUGUGUCGGAAACAUGAUAGUAUUUUAUAAAUGUAAAUUAUUUAUCUAGUUAAUCACGUGUUGUUGAGAAACUCGGAGAAUUUGAUAUGACAGAGAUAUAUUCAGCUAAAUCGAAUGUUCUUGUUCACCUCAUAACUAAGAGAGAGUGUAAUGAAUGAUACUGCUGCAGUAAAUCAGCAAAUGAAUUACAGGUAACCGUCAUACAACCCGAUACUUACAUUCCAAUAAAUAUUGUAUUGUGUUAAACUGUAUUAUACACAAUUGACGAUAAAGAUUUGUUACC